AACCGCUAAUAUCAGCACGUUCAUAAGGCAGUGUUUAAAAUGAAAGUAGGAGUGAUAGUUUUUUUGUUUCUUUUCACCUUAGUUAGCUCUAGGUUCGUUGAUCAAGCAGAUAAAUGUGAUGCAGAUACGUGUAAUAGUGCUGACUGCCGAUGUGCUAGGCCGGAUUCCCCUCUUGGCGAUGAAGAAAUUCCCCAGCUGAUCAGCUUAACGUUUGACGAAGCAGUUGUUGACAAUUUAUUUACCAGUGUUUGGCAACCUUUAUUAUUUGACCGAAAAAAUCCUGACGGUAAUCCUAUAAGCGCAACGUUCUUUGUUCCUCAUGAGUAUACUGACUAUGGCAGAGUUCAAGAUUUGUAUGUACAGGGAUAUGAAAUUGGUGUAAAUUCCAUUACUAGAAACGUUUUAUCGGAAUAUUGGUCUACCGCUAGCGAAGACACUCUAGUACAAGAAUUUGACGGACAACGAACUAUAAUAGGGCAUUUCGCUAACAUUCCUACUGACGAUAUUGUAGGAGUUAGAACACCACAGCUCCAGCUUCAGAGUGACGUUUCAAUUAACGCAUAUGUGGCUUCUUCGCUACAGUAUGACAGUUCGUGGACUUCACGAAGUACUGCUUUAUUUUUUCCUUACACUUUGGAUUACUUAUCCCCUCAGGAAUGCCGUAUUGGUACUACAUGUCCUACAGAAGCUCAUCCAGGAUUCUGGAUUGCUCCAAUAAUUGAUCUACAAGGAAACGGUACGGAUGGUUCUGUACUUGAAUGUAACUCCCUAAUUUCUUGUAAUAUCCAAGGAAGCGCUGACGAAAUUGCUGCGUGGCUAGAAAGUCAAGUAGACCGUAUUGAAAACAGAGCCCCUUUAACACUUAUGGUGUCAUCAGCUUGGUUUCGUUUUACGAACAACAGCUAUGAAGGUUUUGAAGCAUUUUUAGACAAUAUUCUUAGCAGAGGUGAUGUGUUUCUUGUUUCCCAAAAACAAGUAAUUGACUGGGCCAGAAAUCCAGUAAAUCUGGGCAGUUUUAAAACGGAGGUUCCAACAAGAACAGCUGAUUGCCAAAGAAGUUCAUGUCCUUUGCAAAACAUUAAUAAUGAAACUAGGUACAUGACUUCGUGCGUAACUUGUCCACAAGUAUACCCUUGGUUGGGUAAUCCGUUCGGACUAAUUGACCCCGACGAUACAACGACUACAACUACAACUACAACCGUAACACCACCAACUACAACAACAACGACAGAAACUACUACAGUAACCACUACGACUGUACCAUCUGCACUUUGAUACAUAUCAAGAUAACUGUUUAUUGUACUUGUUAAUAAAAAUGUUUUACAAAAAUAAAAAACAACAGCACGUG